AUGUACUCAUUUUUGUCUGAGACCGAUGACUCCACCACCGUAAAUUUCAGUGCAUAUGGGAAGUUUCUUCCUGGGAAGGGCAGUGGUAAUCAGCUACUCACAAUAGGAUCCAAGUUUUUACGAAUAUUCCGAACUAAUCCAUAUGCACUAGUCCCUCCGGCAAAUUCUGGUGAUGAUUGGGAACAGAAAACAAAGCUUGAAUGUGUUUUCAAAACCAAGCUUUUUUCCCCUGUUAAGUCUUUGGCCACUUCUAAGUUUCCUUCUUUGGAUGCUGAAGCGAUUCUAUUAGCCUUUGACGAUGCUAAGUUAUCAAUAGUAACUAUUGAUGAGAAAGAAAGAAAGCUGAAUACUCUCUCAAUGCAUUCCUUUGAAGACGAGUAUCUACGUGAGGGUAACACGAAAAACUUUCCGAAUCCCAUGAUCAAAAGUGAUCCGGGUGGGAGAUGUGCGGCCAUGUUAGUUUAUGGAAAGCAUCUAGCAAUAUUACCAUUCAUUGAAGGCCAGAAACAUACCAAGAGCUUUAUAAUAUCCUUGAAACAAAUAGAUUCCAGAUUGGAAAAUGUUGCUGACAUCGUUUUUCUAGAUGGAUAUUAUGAACCCACAUUACUUUUCCUUUUUGAACCUCUGCAAACGACUGCUGGACGAGCCUCAAUCAGAUUUGACACUAUGUGUAUCAUGGGAGUUUCAGUAAAUGUGAACGAUCAGCGUUUCGCUGUCGUCUGGCAAUUGAACAACUUACCUAUGGAUGGUAGUCGUCUUCUUGCUAUACCGAAACCCAUUGGUGGGGCUGUAGUUUUUGGUUCAAACACGGCAAUAUAUCUCAAUCAAGCGGUUCCACCGAGCGGAAUUAUGUUGAACAGUUGUUAUGAUAACUACACGAAAUUUCCCUUAAAAAAUAUUAAAGACAUGGCAAUGACGUUAGAUGCAUCAUGUCACGUCUGGCUGAAAAACGGUAACAUUGGGAUAGGAACGAUGGAAGGGCAGUUCUUCGUCUUGUCUCUGGUUACUGACAAUGCUAACACUGUGAAAGGGUUGAACCUAAAAUAUUUUUAUGACAUUUCUAUUCCGUUCACUCUGACUAUGUGUGCGCCAGGCCAUCUCUUUGUUGGAUCUAGAUUGGGUGACUCACAACUUCUGAAAUAUUCUAUCGCAACUAAAGAAGUGGAAACUAAUGAGCAUGAGGAAGUUGCUCAAAAAAAACAAAAACACAGUAACGUAGAGCUGGAUGAAGAGGAACUGGCUUUAUACGGCGUAGCUGAAGAAGAUAUGAACGAGAAAUCCUUCUUGGUCAUGGAGGAAUUUUGGGAAUUCGAGGAGUUAGAUAGGUUGACGAACAUUGGUCCUAUUCGUUCGAUCACUGCCGGCCAAACUAAUUCAAGUCCUUUUUUGGACAUUGAAGACCGGGCUUGUCCCUUAUUCGAUAUGAUCUCUGCUUCUGGGUACGCGAAAAAUGGUUGCAUCUGUAUCCUACAAAGAACCAUUAGGCCAGAAAUUAUUAGUAGUAGCGGAUUGGACGGAGCAGAACAGCUGUGGGCUGUUGGCCAACGAGAAGAUGGCUCUCACAAGUAUUUGAUGGUAUCUAGAGCACGAAGUACUCUGACUCUGGAACUAAGCGAUGAAAUGGUUGAAAUAGAAGAUCCUCUGUUCCUCUCCUCUGAACCCACUUUACUUGCAGGAGAAUUAGCUGAUGGGGCAGUAGUUGUUCAAAUUACGGCCAUGGGUGUUGUGUUAGUUGCUGGUAAUAAGCAAAUUCAACAGUUCGAGCUGGACACCAAUUUUCCUAUAACCUCUGCUUCAAUUAUUGAUCCGUAUGUAGCAAUGCUAACUCAAAAUGGAAAACUAUUUCUGUACCAGCUUGUUUUCCAACCGAGUGUUCACCUACAGGAGGUUGAGCUCUUUGAUACUGUCUUCGGUUCUUCUACGGUUACUGCAUUGUCUAUUUAUAAAGAUAUGAGUGGGAUGAUGGUUAGAUCUACUGCAUCCGCUGGUGAAAACUCGAAAAUAUACAAAGACAACAGAGGUGCCCCCCAAGAAAGUGCUCUUGAAGAUGCCGAAGAUUUUUUGUUAUAUGGCGAACCGUCUGCUACACAGUCAGCCCAAAUUCCUGAUAAUUCGUCGAGAAAAAGAAAAUGGGGAGGAAUCGUAUCAGAUGUAACGGGUGGGGAAGAGUCUGACGCUGUGGAUCCCAAUUCAGUCGAGCCAACUUUCUGGCUUGUUGCUGCUGUAGACAACGGAAAAUUCGUGAUUUGUUCUCUUUCUGAUCUCACAGUUGUUUUUCAAGUUCGUAAAUUUACCGGAAUGCCUCCAACAUUAUUUGAUAUCACGGAGGAGGAAGAAGAGAAGGAUAGAAAAGAAUUCGCUCAUGAGUUAGAACGUAAGGGAAAGGAUAAUGAAAAUGAAGUGAACGAAGGACUACAUGAAGUUGUACGAAGAGAUGAGCGAGUUGUAGAAUUAGAAAUAAUAGGUAUGGGCAUCAGUCAGUGUAGGCCAGUUCUUUUAGCAGUUGUUGAUGAUAUGGUCAUAGCUUAUGAGAUGUACCAAUUACCAAACAAAAAAAAUGGGCAUCUUUGCAUUGCUUUCAAAAGAUUACCUCUCUCCAUCUGUCUCCGUUCUUCUCCUUACAUGGGUUCUGAUGGAAGACGACAAGGGGUGGAAAUAGGACAAGAUGGUUACAGUACUAAUAAAAUCAUAACUUCGUUCGAAAGAGUAUCGAGUAUUAUGCAUGGAGCAGUAAUAUGUGGACAGUAUCCUACUUUAGUGUUUUUCGGCGCUUGGGGAGGAUUACGAUCUCAUCCAAUCAUUGUUGAUGGACCUAUUCGCUCUUUCACUGCGUUUAACAACUCUAAUGUCUCUAAUGGAUUCUUAUACUUGAGCGAGAACUCACAAGAGCUCAGAAUAGCGGAGCUACCGACGGACAUUAACUACGAUUUACCCUUCCCUUGCAAAAAAGUGAAUGUAGGAGCGACAGUGCAUUUCAAUCAGUAUAUGAUGGAGAGUCAGGUGUACGCUGUGGUGACAUCAACUCCUCGACCAUCCAAUAAAAUCUGGGUUGUUAUAAACGAUGAUAAACAGGAGGAAGUGCACGAGAAGCCGAAUGAUUUCGUUCUACCGACGAUUCCUCACUUCGUUCUGAAUCUGUACUCGCCUGUGGACUGGGCCCCAGUUCCAAAUACUUCGAUAGAGUUUGAAGUUAUGGAACACGUUACUGCCUGCGAAGAAGUUGCUCUUAAGUCCGAAUCGACUAUCAGCGGUUUGAAAACUUAUCUGGCAGUCGGUACAAUUCAUAACUUUGGAGAAGAGCAUCUAGUUCGAGGUCGCAUAAUUUUAGCAGAAGUCAUUGACGUAGUACCCAUUCCUGGACAGCCGACAUCCAAACACAAAAUUAAAAUCACGUAUAAUACAGAGCAAAAAGGUCCUGUUACGUCUAUAUGUUCAGUAAAUGGUUUCCUGCUGACAGGUAUGGGUCAGAAAAUUUUCAUAUGGGGCUUACGAGAUAACGAGAUUCAGGGAGUUAGUUUCUUAGACAUGCACUAUUAUGUACACUCUCUCAAAAGUUUCCGAAACCUGGCUCUUGCAUGUGAUAUGCAAGAGUCUAUGUCUUUGGUGCGGUUCCAGGAACAAUUCAAAGCUUUGUCUGUUGCUGCUCGAGAUGAUCGUAUUGCUGUACAGCCCCCAAUGCAAGCUCAGUACAUAGUAGAUAACAAUCAUUUGGGCUUCUUGUUAUCUGAUGAAUCUGGUAACAUAUGUAUGUUCAAUUAUAUGCCUGAGCUUAAUGAAUCUGUGGGAGGAGAACGGUUGGUUCUCCGUUCAGUUGUGAACGUGGGUACCAACAUUAAUGCCUGGAUUAGAGUGAAAGGUAAUCCAUAUUCUGUAUCUGCCUCACAGGAAGAGCGCAAAGCGUUGUCUCAGCAACAAACUUCAGUAUGGGCUUCUUUGGAUGGUAGUAUAGGAUAUGUGAGGCCGAUAAGUGAAAAAACAUUCCGAAGGUUAUCUACACUUCACCAGUUCAUGACUGUUGGUAUAAGACACGAUGCAGGUUUAAACCCGAAGGGUGCCAGGGCGGCAAAGCCUGUGAGAGCUAUCAUCAACAAUGCUAAUCAAAAAAACAUGGUGGACGGCGAUCUGGUCAACCAGUUCUUGCAUUUGUCAACGGCGGAAAAGCAAGAAAUAUCAAGAAAAUUCGGUGCUAGCAGAUACCACAUUAUUGAUGACUUGGUGCAGAUACAAAGACUAUCUACUUUCUUCUAA